CUUGCUGAUGUCUGUACCGAGAAAAAAGAGAGACAUCAGAACAGGAUUUCAAGGUUAUUAUGGUUGCCAAAAUUCAGGGCUUCGGAAGGAGGCACUGCAGGUAUGUAAAAUUUAUUGCAGUAUAGUUUGUUUGUUCUUUUUAUUUUUUGCUCUCACUAUCGAAAAAUGGUAAUUAGCCUCUGAUUUUCGAUUCAAUCUGACAUCUUACAAACUAUAAUUCAGAAGGGAAGCAGAAUAGAAAACUGGUGGACCAUAAAUUUAAAUGGUGAACAGCUGCUUGAAAUUUGAACUGCAAGAAAAAAGAAUAGUGGAAAUAGCAAAAAAGUUCAAAACUUUGAGAGUUUGGGUGUCCUUAAAGCAGCACUAUCAUCAGUUAGCUUUGUUAUUUUUUUGCGAAAAAUUCUUCAUCUGCUUAUGCCCAGCUACAUGUUUGAUAAGAAAUGGCUUUUAAAGGUUAAACAAGAUUACUAAAAGCAUAUGCUUGACCGUACCUUUGUCUUAAUCUUCUCAUAAAUGACCAGGUUCAUCCAAUGCAAUGUGUGCCUAUGACAUUUAUUGCUUUGGAAAGGUAUUGCUUGAACUAGUCACAGGUCAUCCAGGUUUUGAUGAUCACAAUGUUUCAAGCAUCAAUGGUUGGAUGGAUAAAGUCCUGUGUUACAUCAAUACUUAUGAUAAAGAACUCUUUGUGAACAUUGUUGAUCCAUCUUUAGUGGUGGAUCAGGAUCUCUUGACUGAAGUGUGGGCAGCUGCUGUUGUUGCAAAGGCCUGUCUAAAUCCACAGCACUCUAAGCGACCUCAAAUGCUACACAUAGUUGAGGCUUUAAAAGAUCCUAAGUCGGUAAGGUUCUCUACUUAUGUAAGAUCGUGGCUUGAUGGUCAACUUGGCACAUCAGAAAAGACGAGAGUAACUGAGGGAAUGACUGGAGUAGGUACAUCACAGGCAAACACCAAUGCUGCAUUUUCAAUUGGGGAUAGCAAAAGUGAGGAGGUUUAUCCAAUUGGGGAUAUCAGCGACCUCCCUAACUUGAGAAUUUACACUUACGCAGAACUCUUAGCUGCAACUAAAAGUUUCAGAAGUGAUAGAGUGCUGGGAGAAGGUUGGUUUGGAAGAGUAUACAAAGGUUGGAUUCAUGAUAAGUCCACAUCAAAGGGCGGCAGUCAAUCACCUGUUGCAAUUAAAAAAUGGAAUCCUGAAAGUCUUCAAGGAAUUGAGCAGUGCACGUCCGAGAUAUGGAUGCUUGGAAAGCUUUCUCAUCCUAACCUUAUUAAGCUCCAUGGUUACUGCUGGCAUAAUGGAGCAUUGUUUGCUGUUUUUGAGUAUAUGCAAAAGGGCAGCUUUAAGAAUCACCUCUUUGGAAGGGGCUCUUCUAUUCAGCCACUUCAAUGGGAUGUAAGGUUUAAGAUCUUAAUUGGAGCUGGUCGUGCUCUGGCAUUUUUUCAUGCAUUAAAGAAACCAGUUAUCUACAGAGAUUUCAAGGCAUCGUCCAUAUUACUUGAUGGUUCUUACAAUGCCAAACUAUCAGAUUUUGGCUUGGCAGAGAUGGGUCCUUCGGAUAGUCAAUCACAUGUGUCGACACAUGUUAUGGGGACCUAUGGCUAUGCUGCUCCCGAGUAUAUAGCAACAGGACACUUGUAUGUGAAGAGCGAUGUGUAUGGUUUUGGUGUUGUAUUGGCCGAAGUGCUAACAGGUUUAAGGGCUCUGGACGUUAAUCGUCAGCAGGGGAAACACAACUUGGUUGAUUGGAUCAAGCCUCAUUUAUCGGACAAAAGAAAGAUAACGAGCAUAAUGGAUUCUCGGUUGGAAGGCAAAUACCCAAUAAAAGCUGCUGUGGACGUGGCUCAGCUUACUCUAAGGUGUCUUGCUUCUAAUCCUGAAGCAAGACCAUCAAUGAAAGAAGUUGUGGAUGCACUAGAACACAUUGCAUCCGCUAAAUGAUGAGCCAAAGGAACCAGGGACGAUUUCGACGUGCCAGAUAGUUCAUGGAACCAAGGCAUGAAGGGCAUCCACCCUGUCUCCCACAACAUAUAAUGCCCUAAUCUUGCUUUCUCAAUGAACAGAUCCUUUCACACAUUUUUCCUACUUAAUACGGCUGUUUGUUGUUUCUUCCACAUUUUCGCAUCUUUGAAACUGUAUAGAGUUUGUCUUUGUAGUAGCAUAAUUACUGGAAGGAGGACUUGGGGGCUGAUGUCUCAUCAUAAAUUGUUAUUGAAAAUGAGUCACUUGUGCCCAAGUUUCUGCAAAAUACACAUCACAUUCUGGUGGGAUAUUGAGAAGAUUUCAACUGUUGAUUGGUUAUUGCACAUUUAACCCCUUCUGUUAAGACCCUGAGGAUGAUGCUUUCAAA